AAUAAACAAAAAAACAAAACCUAAAUAAUUCAAGGAAUAUACAAGUGAAGUUGAUUAAAACGUGCGUUAAGAGUUUGAAAUUAAAAAAAAGAAAAGGAAAAAUUAAGACAACAUUAUGACAGAAACAGUUAUUAAGUGUAUCCUUUUGUUGAACAUUUUGGUAUGUUUAACACAAGCAGCGUUAGUAAGAAAUCAAGUGCCACAAUCACAGCAACUGCAGCAGCAACAACAAUUUGCCAACAAUUAUCAACAAAAUUCUAUAGAACAAGCCAGAUUUCCUUCACGUACUAGUACGGAUACGAAAGGAAAACAUUCUGUUAAUUAUGAUCAAGUGAGUGAUUUGGGCAAUCGUGUUUUGGAUAAUUUCGAUCAUCGUUAUCCUGACGGCAGUUAUGAGUUUCGCUAUGAAUUGGCCGAUGGCCAAGCCCGCUACGAGAGAGGAUAUUUUAUUAAACUGAAUAAUCACAAGUCCUUGGUUGUGGUGGGCUACUACUCAUAUCGCAUGCCUGAUGGCAAAUUUGUUACAGUUUUCUACAAUGCCGAUCGUUUUGGUUAUAGACAGAAUCAGGCUAUUACUCGUGAUGUUCUCCCCGAUUUGCCACGUACCAUCGAUGUUCCUGAAAUCAAAGAAGAACAAUCAGAGUUUAUUGAUACCACCACAAAAAAAUUAAGUCCUAAUCAAGUCUUCUCCACCUCAACCAAACGUACUCGUUCCUAAAUGAUCCUAAAUUGUGACAUACUAAGUAUAUACAGUCAGUAUUUAAAAUUAUAUUAAGAAAAUAUUUAUUUUUGGCAUUUGGUAAAAAUAACAACAAAGUGAUUAAAUUUAAAAUAAAGUUAAAGUUAUUUCAUUUUAAUUAAUACUAAAACAAAUUAAA